AGUUUAACAGAAACCCCGACCUUGUGUGUAAUGCGUAGUGCUAGAGCAGGACAAUGUAAUUUAAAGUGUCGUUUGGUUUUGAUUAUAGUUAAAUUGAUGGAUGGUCAUCAAUGCAUGUAUACUAAUAUGCAUGUAUAUAAGAAAAUUGGUGUAUUGUAGUUUACAUUGUUUGGUUUUUGUGAUAGUUAUUGUAGUAUUUAGACACGUUAUAUUACUUUUUGGAUGAAAUGUCCAUUUUACCCUUUGCUUUUAAAAUAAAAAAGUAACACACAUGAAAAAAGUAGGGACAUAGUUGGAAAAAAAUAACCAAACAAUCUCCACUAAACAAUCUCAACAAUCUCACAAAAAAACUUGAGAUUUAACUAUCACUCAUUUUGAGUGAUAGUUUGUGUCAAAUCAAGCAAACAAUGCAUAUAUUGUUUGUGCAGAAAAUUAAAAAAAAUAUUGCAUUGUAACUAUCUCCACCAAACAAUCACCAAACCAAACGACUUGUAACGAUAAAAUCCUAGCUGUGUCUUGAAGUCGUUUUGCUAUGGAGGAAACAGAAAGCCAACAUGAAGCGAUGGCACUCCGAAGUGUGAUUCUCACUUUUUGGUUUCACUGUAGAAUAGUUACAGGUUUGGUUUCUGUUUAGUCUGGAAUUAGGGUUAUUUUUUUGGUGUUUAGCUCCUUUUAAUAUUCUAUGCUUCUUUGUGCAAAUUGCUCUUUGCAUAUAAAUAAAACAAUAGCUAGCCUUUUGCAAGUUUCAUCACCAAUUGCAUUCGUCUUUUAGUUUUGUAUUAGAUGUUGGUCCGCUUAGUAGGAUUUUUUGCCCUCUCGUAUUCUAAAGUAAAAACGUCUUUUUCAUUGUUUGUUGUUUUUUUGUCGAGGAAUUGGUUAAUUAUAUUUAGAUGUGAUAAAUGGUUUGGAUUCAAGAAGGUCAAAUGGAUUAGUGUUUUUGGUUAUUUAUAUUUUUGUUUUAUGUGAAUCAACCCGUUUAAUUUUAUUGACAAUAGUUUGAUCGAGAUGAUACAUAAAGAAAGAAUAUAUAGGUCAAAUAUUCGGAGAAAUAUUUAAGAAUAUAAAAUAUCAAAUGUAUAAUUAAUCUCAUUUUUAUAAUGAUAAUUAAGCAUGUUAAAAUGCUAUUGGUUAGUUGAUUGUCAAGAAAGAGAGUAUAAAAGCUCAGUGAAAUUCCACACAACCCAUAGAUAGUUUGAAACUAAAUCUUAAACCUAAAAAAUCCUACAUAAGGGUUCAAUGCGCUCCUUUUAGUGACAAUAUGUCACUAAUCAAAAAGAAAUUGAGAGUUGUUAAUUCAAGUCAACUAUAUACUAACAACUAAGCUAAGAGUGGACCAUCAAAACUUGAGAGCAAACAAAAAAUUAGAGUUGCCUCCAACAUAUUAAUAGACUCAAUCAAAGUAAUAAGACACAAAAUUAGACACUCCUUAUCUAUAAAUUCCAGUAGGUUGAAUAAAGAAUCGACUUAAUUCAGUAAAUGAAUCAAUGAUUCCUCGUUUUAAGAUAGAAAUAGGUUGUGAUAGAUGCAAAAACCAUAAACUUAAAAAUCCAAUAACCACCACUCUCCGUUGUACAACCAAAUUUUUAUCUCAAAAGACAUAUGUUUCAACCAAAAAUUUAAUUUCUAAUCCUGCUUCUGCAAAUCCAUUAUUUAUUAAACUCUUUUACUUGUCCAACUUAAAUUCCCAACAAUAAAACCGUUGUGCCAAGAGAUACUGGAUGAUUGAUUUUCAAAGGCGGCCUUGUACUGGUAAGUGAAAGGGGAGCAAACUAUUGUACGAUGGAGGGAAGUAGACUUAGUGGGCUUGCUAAUCAUGAUGGCAAAAUCCACCGAUUUUCAUAGAGUUGAAUUUCGUGUAUGUUUUGCAUUCAAAAAAUAUACAACAAUUUGUUUAGUGUAAAUGGCUGUGAUUGUUGUCUUUGUUUUAACAGACCUAGGUUCAAAUCUUGAUAUUAAUAUUUGUUUAUGUGAGAUAAAUAAUUGAUUGUGAAGACAAAAAUGUCCUUCCUAUUUUCACUCUCGUUAGAGGAAAUUUGAAAUGGAGAAAAGUACGCAAAGCUCUACUAUACAUAGGAUGUGAAAUGCUAUACGUAAAAAUAGCUAAGUAAGACUUUAAUUGUGCAAUAUUUCUAUUUUAAGAAAUAUAAGUAUUGUAACAAUAAACAAUUCAAACAAAUAUGAUCGAGCAUUGGUUGAAAUAUAUGUGUUAACUAAUUGGUAAUGGCUGAAAAGUUGUACCAAAAUUGCAAUUUGGUUGGUUGUACACUCAAUUCUAUUUUUAUUUAGAAAAAAAUCAGGUCUCAUUUAUCAAAAUAAGGGAAUAGGGCUCGAUUGUCGAGACAAGAGGAUCUUUGUUUUUAAUGGAAAAAUGGAACAAAAAGAAUCUCAUUUCUUCCUCUCUCCUUCCUACCAAAACCAAAAGGAAGAGCAGUGCAGAGCCAUCCAUCCAUCCAUUUCUUUAACCUCCAUUUUAGUGCAUUUCACUAUUUCUUCUUUUCUUUCUGGGGGAUCGUAUUUCAAUUUUCAAAUUCCAACAUAAACGGCGUUAACGGCGACACGGGAGGCGGCACAUUUAGCAAGCACUACUAUAAAAUCCAAGUAACAGAAACAAACACCCAUUAGAGACAAGGCCGGUGAAGAAACCAGAUUUCGAGAGAGAGAGAGAGAGCUUCCUCCUCGAUAAGGCAGGCGAGACCAUCAGAAUACAACAGAUCGAACCCAGAACUGUGAGUAAGUACUUUCAAUUUCGCGUAAUGUACUUUCAAUUUCGAUUGUUCCUAUCCACAUCUUCUGAUUGUUUUCUCACGGCUCCUUGAUCUGACUCCCGGUUGAUUUCUUCGUUUUGGCUUGGUUGGUUUCUUUGGAAUGUGGGUUUUACGGGGAAUGGUGUUUGUGUUUGGUUGCUGAGAGAAUGUAGGUUGAGAAACUAUCGAGAAUCCGGGAGUGUGUUUGAAGUUGGUGUUCUUUUACUCGAUUCUUCGGCUUAAUGCUUCUCGGCUUUCAUUUUAAUGGCGAUCGAGCCUUUUGAAUCUUUUCUACCAUUUUUGCGGUUUGAGAGUUGGAGGUGAAGAAGCGCCAACGGUGUGCUAUUUGGUGAAGCUAUGGACAAAAAUUGCAUGUCUAUGCUUGCAAAUUGGUUUGUUCAUUCUUAUCUGUUCAAGCUGAUCGUGGUUUUUGGCUUGCCGUUGUGUUCUCUAAUCUUUUCCUGGGUUGGCUUGAUUGGUUUUUUUACUUUUUUAUGACCGUGAUUGCCCUUGUCGAUGAGAACUCUUGAAUUCUUUCUUUUUUCAGUGUAACCCUGCUAUUACAUAUGCUGAGUUGCUUACAUUCAUUAAGGAAACUUGGCGAUUCUGGUGCUGAGUCAGUUUUUCAGUAAUUAGGGGUGUUGAUUCAUCCAGAAAGAAAACAAAUGUGUGUUGAUUCGUUGUCCAUAAUUGUGUUUGUGUAUCGUAAUUUGAUCAAGCAUCAAAUUUUUCUUGUCAAGUGAGAGUCUUCUCCUCUAUCUUUCUUGGAUGGUCUCUACACACAGCACAUGUAUUAUCUUCUAUCCAUCUAGCAUUGAAUUUCAGCAGGUGAACUGUUGAACAUAUCUCCCAGAGGUACUGCAGGUGUCCAGCUUUAGGGAGCUUGGAGGUUUAAAAAAAGAAACAUUCUUGUGCUUAGUAGCUAAGGAUUUUUUUAAAAGAUUUCUUCUUUGUGUUCCAUAAACUAUUCUGAAUCUGAUCGGAUCCACUACAAGUCAAAAUCACAGACUUUGACGUCCACUUAAAGUUUCUUGCACUACUGGGAAGGCGGACCAAUUAGAAUUAGAGCCCCAUGGAUGAUCUGUUGAAACUUAACUGUGGUGACUUCUGUGUUUUUGUUCUUCAAGGAGAGAGAGAACUUCAACCUAGGAAUAACAAGCAUGGGAUUUUGCUUCAGGAACAUGUUAGCUUUAUUCAAAUCAAUAAUAAUGCUGAUUUUCUCUUUCUGCUUGUUGUAGGCAAUGGGGGUAGACGUUAUGGAUAUCUGCAUGGACAAGGAGCAUGAUUUUGAAAUAGCUUAUCAGAAUGGGACUUCCCAUGACCCAAAUCAACCUGUUGUCCUAAAUCAAGAUCAUGUGCAUGAAUCCUACGAGCCGAUUAGCGUUGAUGCUGAACAACAGAGUGCAGAAGGGAGCAUUGAGUCGAAGGAGUACGAAGUGAAGGAAUGCACAACCGAAAUUGUGGUUGAGACUAUUGAGUUUUCUCUUGCUGAACAAAGUAAGGAGGACCAGUCUGCUGUAAAUUCAUCAUCUGAGGACGCUUUAGAUGAGAAAGUUAAAUCAGGAACCAAGGCAUUAAAGGACAAGAACAAGUCGCAUAGGUCACCCAAGAAUCAUGCAGCCAAACAUGGAGUUGCUCGAACGAAACACACCGUUCCACAACCAUUUGCCCUAGCAACUGAAAAGCGUGCAUCAUCUGGAACUCGUCCUUCUGCAAAGGCUGGUCCAAAUAAAAAAACUAAAGGAAACAAUGUGCUACGUCCCAAUACGGUGAAACAGAAUCAGCCUUUUCCAGUGGCUAGAAGGCCAUUGCAACCGAAGAACAAGAAGCAUCCUGGAGAAGAAGAUUCGUGUUCUGUCACAAGCUCUACUGGAGCUUCUGUGCAGACAAUGAAGACACAGUCAAUUAUUGCUUCAGCUCCAACAUUCAGAUCUAGCCAACGUGCUGAGAAACGGAAGGAGUUUUACUCAAAAUUAGAGGAGAAACAGCAAGCUCUGGAGGCUGAGAAGACCCAAAACGAAGCAAGGACAAAGGAAGAGAUGGAGGCAGCUAUUAAGCAACUAAGAAAGAGUUUAACAUUCAAGGCCAACCCAAUGCCAAGUUUCUACCAUGACGGUCCACCCCCAAAGGCUGAGCUGAAAAAGGUACCAACAACUCGUGCAAAAUCACCUAAGUUGGGUAGAAAGAAGAGCACUGGUGAUGCAACUGCUCCAUCGGAUACAAACAAGACCAAAGCGGCAUUGAAUCAGGGAAAUCCUCAGGAAAAGGCAAUUGAAGCUGCUCCAUUCCUCAAUUCAAAUGGACACAGCCACACAGAAAUUGGCAUCGAAUGUUAAUCAUAGGGUCAGUUGUUCUUAAUUUAUGACGCAACUGAGGUUCAUGUUCUCAUUGUGUUCCAAACAAUUUGCAUGUCCAUAUGUUUGUUUACUGUUUUUUUUCUUCUUUCUUUUCCCUUUCCCCAUUUCAAGAUCAGUGUAAUGGCUUUGUUGUUGUCUUAUGUUGUUUUCUGUAAUUUAUGGAAGUGUAAAUCUGUGUUAAGUUAAUGACUAUCUAUACAAAGAGAAGCAUCCAUCUUUGGUUUUUCCAAUUAACUUCUUGUACUGUUUUGUUCCCAGCUCUCAUGUGCUAUAUAUUUGUACAGAAAAAAGCAGAGAAAUUGGGUUGGUAAACAGUAUGUUCAUUGUAAUGUUUCUGGAGCAAUGAUGAGAAGAUGUAAAGAAGAAGGGGAGGACAGGAGGGGCCUGAUCUUUUGUUCAUAUGUUUUUCUCAGGGUGGGAAAAUUGGAUGGGGUUACUUAAAUUUCCCCUGUUUUGCACUAUAAUGGCAAGUGCCAUCAUAGAGAUUUAAAGAACAAAGCUCUUACAAUGCGAAAAAGAUAUUAAAGAUUUAGCGUAAAGCACCUGGUGUUUUAAGUGCUUUUUUGGUUUGUUUGGGUUUUACUGCUGCGAAAAAAUGACUUUUUCAGUUUUUUUACAAACAUGGUUUGUUUGGGUUCUACCAAAUUUUCUUGUUUAAUUUGUUCAAAAGGACUCGCCCUUGAAAACAUUGAAACCUUGGUACAACUUUUCAACUUUCAACCCAUUGCACCAUACGUGCUUCAAGUUUGGUUGCUCACAUUUUGUAUACCCAAGGUUGUCCAGCAGGUCGACCCAUUUUGACCCUGACCCGGUGAGAAAAACGGGUCAUACGCACCCACCGGGCCGACCGCUACAAGGUACCGGUUUGGAGGUCAAAUUGUGUCAUUCUUUUCUUUGGUUUGUGAAAUGCGCCUAUUUUCCGAUCUUUCUUUUCGCCUAACUCAAUCUUUGGAAUCCUAAGUUGAACAUUUGAAUAUUUAUGUUAUAUAAGUGUGUGUGAAUUUUCACUAUACAUUGGAUCUAAGUACGAUAUGUUAUUUUGGUGUAAUAUUAUAUCUUAUAAGUCAUAUGCUAGAUAAGAUUUGAUAUAAUUUAUGAGGAUAAGUACAAUAUAAUGACUUUUUCUAUAUUUCCGGGCCAAACCGGACUAAAAUGGUUGACCCCUUAACCCUUGACCCACUAGCUCGACCGAAUCCGGGUCAACCUGCGGAUUGACAACCUUGUGUAUACCAAAAGGAAAGUCACGAUUUUUACAAGUUAAGAAAUUGUCAACUUGUAAAAAUCUGAACUUAUAUAAGAAGUUGUCAAUUACUCUCUAUACAUAGGACUACAAACGAAGGGGGCAUCACCAAGCCAUCAAUCUGAACUUGUAUGAGUGUAUCCAACUUUCAAAAGGUGGUGUCCUUCCCGCGAGUUCUAGUUUAAUAGUUACUAUUUAGAAUACGAAUUAACUGGAUUUGGUGACAUGAUAAUAUACUCUAAUCUAUAAUGGGUAAAGCUCACUUCCUAAUUCUCUAACCCGAGUCACAAGAUUCAUUUAAUAUAAAAAAUAAUAACUGAUGGUUCUGAUUAAGCGAAAUAUAUUGAAGUGCAAAUAAAAAGUGUGAACACAGGCGUACGCUAGGCUAUCAUACGCCCGCUGAGUUUUGCUAUUUAGAUCAUGAGUUAACCAAAAUUUUGGGUAUGAUACUAUAACUUAACCUAUAAUGGGUGAACCCCAAUCCCUAAUUUUCUAACUAAAAACAUGAAAUUCGUUUAAUCUUAAAAUAAUAACCGACUGUUCUAAUUUAUCGAAAUAAACGAAAAUACAAAUA